AUGGUCAAAUCUUCUUGUAUUCUCGAUGACCUCCACGAUCUGGUAUCCAUAAGACUUGACGAAGUCCAGGGCUCGUUAGCCAACCAUCGCAAGAACUCUGUUGGAUUGUAUAAACUGCAUCUUCAGGCCGCAAAAUUUACAGCACCAAAACUUGAUGGAGAGGUUGCGUUUGAGGAUGUUUUUAUUGGCAUGCUGAGUCGGGUACUAGUGGUAAAGAAGGGCCCUGCAGCAGACCGUGUCGUGCGUUUUGUUGGGACGUACGUGAAACACAUACACGCUAAAGGUAUGCAUUUGGUAAUAUCAACGAUAUUUUUGGAAGACACCGAGAAGAAAGGCAAGGUUCUUAGUGAUGAUACGUUGGCGUCUCGGUUCACCACGCGCAUUCUCCAAUGGCUUUUGGAGGGGUUCUUGGCCAAGAAUAAGGUUGUUCGGAGCAGGGCUGUACAGAUGGUGGCAGAGAUGAUUGCUCAUAUUGGAGACAUCGAUGAAGACACCUAUGAUAUUCUCCGUGAUGGACUGAUUGAGCGCAUCUGCGAUAAAGAACCACUGAUUCGCUCACAUGCUGUGGCUGCAUUGUCCAAGCUGGCUGGCACGGAAGAUCCAGACGAGCUGCAAGCUGAUGAGAGGACGAUACUCGAGCUAUUGCUGGACGUAGUCGCUUAUGACCACUCGGCUGAGGUCAGACGGUCUGCCCUAGUCAACCUUCCGAUUACGCCGCAAUGUAUGAAGGCUAUCUUGACUCGUACGCGUGAUACCGAUCCAGUUACACGCAAGCUGGUUUAUUCCAUUGCGUUGCCGAAGCUCGGUGAUCCGCGCAAGCUGACUAUCGCGCAACGGGAAGAUGUGGUUAAAACUGGCCUUGGAGAUCGCGAACCUGCAGUUAGAGUUGCGACCAGUAAGAUACUGGCAAAUUGGUUUGACCUUGUGCACUCCAAGAAUGAGGGGCCUAUUGAUGUCACUUGGGAGGGAGAUGACGGUGGAGUCAUGAAGGGUUUUAUUCAAUUUUUGUGUCUAUUUGACGUUGUGGGACCUGGCGUCGCCAUUGCUGUAGAUGCUGUCUCGUCGCAAUUCAACCUGAGGCCAACUCUUCUGGAUGCAUUUAUCUUCACAGAUCAGUUCUGGAAGGCUUUGACUCCGGAAUCCGCUGUCCUGGCUCGUGUUUUCGUAGAACAUUGUCAUUCGACUGAGAAUCAGCAACGUUUAGAAGAGGCGUCAUUGCCGGUGGUGACAGCCUUCGCAUUUUACCUCCAGGACGGUUACAAUGGCCUGGUAAAGUUGUUGAACGAAGCCGCCCUCCUAGGCGGCGACGGUGACGAUGAAGAGAGCGAGCAACGUGAAGAAGAUAUCGCAAAACAGGAGGCGAUUCUUAGCGAGCUCCUCCAAAUGGCUCUGAAGUUGGACUACAUGGACGAACUGGGAAGGCGAAAGGUUUUCUCUGUCGUCAAGAACAUGUUGGCACAUCCAGAACUUCCACCUGGUUUGAUUGAACCCUGUCUUGACGUACUCAAGGAGAUCUCGCCCUCAGAACGCGAACUCAUUAGGGUUGUUGUAGAGAUUGUCGUGGAUUUGCGUGACGAUGAUGACAAUGAAAUUGCUGAAGGCGAUAUUAGCCGGAGCGAUACAACACAAACCACCAUCCGCAAGGAGGGGUCGAUGCGCCGCAUGCGUGAUCUCGAAUCGAUGUCAGCGGAGGAAAAGCGGGAAGCUGACCUGACUGAUAUGAGGUGUUUGACUCUCUGCAUUGGAAUGCUGGAGCGAGUUCAUGGAACUUUUGAAGAUAACUCUACGCUAGAAGGGAUGCUGGCUGAUCUUAUCAUUCCUGCCGUCAAGAGGAAAGAAUUGCCAAUGAGGGAAAAAGGUCUCGUCAGUCUCGGACUGUGUUGUCUCAUCGCCAAGAACAUGGCGUUGAGCUCAUUCCAGUUGUUUCUCAGCCAGAUACAAAAUGCCCCCGAAGAGCUUAGACUAAAAGUUUUGCAGGUAGUGUUUGACCUGCUUGUGAUGUAUGAGUAUGAUUUUUUAAGCCGCUCAGAGGAAGUGGCGGAACAGAUUAUUACGUUUCUUGUCCAGACACUUGAGGUGGAGGAAUCUAAUGCUGUCCAAGCGAUUUUAUGUAUCGGUAUAUGUAAAUUGCUUCUGGCCGGCUUGGUUAGGGACCCUAAGGUUCUUACCACUCUUGUACUAACUUACAUAUCCCCCUCGACAUCUGACAACCCCGAAUUGAGACAAUGUCUCUCGUAUUUCUUUCCUGUCUAUUGUUAUUCGUCAUUGGAAAAUCAAGCUAGGAUGCAAUCAAUUUUCAUAAAUGCGUUCAACCUCGCUUCCCGACUUCACGACGAACUGGAAGAGGAUCAAGAAAUGAUCUCGCUGCAGCAAUUCUCUUUGCUACUUAUGGAUUGGACCAACCCAGAGAAAUCAGUUGACGUGAUGCCUGAACAGACACCUAACAAGAACUUUCAUGCGUACUUGGCAGUUGAUAUACUGCUUGCAUUGUAUGAUGAAGACAAGAACGGUGGGCAGGUCCUUUCACUCUCGUGA